ACACUGACCAGAGCCAAGCGGUAGCUUGAAGUGGAGUGAGGAAGUGUGAGAGUGAGAGGAUGGGUGGCAAGGCAGCUCUGCUGCUGGCCCUGGUGGCCGUGAGCCUGGCCGUGGAGAUCCACGCCGACGCCGGCUACGGCUACGGCGGCGGGUACGGACCCACGCCCACGACGCCCACGCCGGCCACACCGACCCCUAAGCCGGAGAAGCCGCCCAAGGGCGGCAAGCCGGAGAAGCCACCAAAGGGCGGCAAGCCGCCCAAGGAGCACGGGCCCAAGCCUGAGAAGCCACCCAAGGAGCACAAGCCUCCCACCUACACCCCGAGCCCGAAGCCGACGCCGCCCACGUACACUCCCACCCCCAAGCCCACUCCGCCGACGCCCAAGCCGACGCCACCCGCCUACACUCCCACGCCCAAGCCGACGCCGACGCCGACGCCGAAGCCCACGCCGCCCACCUACACUCCCACGCCCAAGCCCACUCCUCCGACGUACACUCCCACGCCCAAGCCACCGGUAACCAAGCCGCCGACACCGAAGCCAACCCCGCCGACGUACACUCCCUCGCCGAAGCCCACGCCGCCGACGUACACCCCGACGCCCAAGCCGCCGGCGACCAAGCCGCCGACCUACACCCCGACGCCCAAGCCCACUCCGCCAACCUACACCCCUAAGCCGAAGCCGCCGACCAAGCCACCAACCUACACCCCCACGCCCAAGCCCACUCCCCCGAGCUACACCCCGUCGCCGAAGCCGAAGCCGACGCCACCGACCUACAAGCCGACCCCCAAGCCCACUCCCCCGACCUACACCCCGUCGCCCAAGCCGAAGCCGACGCCGCCAACCUACACCCCGUCGCCGAAGCCGAAGCCGACACCGCCGACCCCCACCCCCACCCCCAAGCCAACUCCUCCGACCUACACGCCGACCCCCAAGCCCACUCCUCCGACCUACAAGCCUGCCCCCAAGCCGACGCCGCCGACCUACAAGCCUGCUCCCAAGCCGACGCCGCCGGUGUCCUACACCCCCAGCCCGCCUCCGCCCUACUACAAGUGAGAUCCGCUACUCUGCUGUGUCAAGCUCGGAGCAUAGGAAGGUGAUGGAAGAAGAGUUUGUGCCAACCAGCCGGCCAAGAGUUGAGCUGAAGAUGAGAGGCCCUUCCCUGAUCCUCCUCCUACGUUUGCUGCCGUCCAUCUGUCCUAGCUUGAGAGGAGAGAAUAAUGCAAGCAGAGCUCU